UCUCCAUUCUCUCUCCAUUUCGACACAAACCAUCUGCAACCACAACUCCCAGUCUUUGAUUUACAAUGGAUCGCGCCCUCGACCGCAGUCUCGACGAUAUCCUUGGGGAUUGGAAACAAAACAACAGCAGCAGAGGCCCUCGCGGUGGUGGCCGUCGUCGCGACAGAUCCGACUAUCCUAGAGAUGGUGUCAGAAAGUCCUUCAGAGAUGACACACCACGCAACCUCGACUCCGAGUGGGUACACGACAAGUUUGAGGACUAUGGCAACCGCCGCUCUGGUGCUAGGCGCCGCCACUCUCCCGACCCAUCAAGCGACGUGAGGGGCAGCAAGCUCAGGGUAGACAACAUCCACUACGAACUGACCCAAGAAGACCUCGAGGGCCUCUUCUCCCGCAUCGGCCCGCUCGUGAGCCUCGACAUGAAGUACGACCGCGCCGGCCGAUCCGAGGGCACCGCCUUCGUGACGUACGAGUCGCACCGCGACGCGGCCCAGGCCAUCCAGGAAUUCGACGGCGCCAACGCGGCCGGCCAGCCGAUCCGCCUCACCCUCAUGCCCAGCGGGCCGUCCCUGUCGUCGCGCCGCGGCGGCGGCAACCCGUUCGACUCGGCCGCCGGCGCCGGCCGCCCGCUCGCCGAACGCAUCACCGUGCCCGGCCAGGGCAGGUCCCGCUCGCUCUCGCCGCGCAGGGGCGGCAGGGCGUCGGACGAGGAGGCUGCGCGCAGGGGCGUCGACCGCUACAGACCGCGUGGUGGAGGCGGCAAUGCCGGGUCCGGGAGGUUGAGUCGGUCUAGGAGUCCGAUUGGCGGUGGGGGUGGCAGACGCCGGGAUGGCGGCGGUGGGAGGAGACCUGGUGCCAGGAGAGACGGUGGUGGUGGUGGUGGUGGUGGCAGGGGACGGGGCGAGCGAGGUGGCGGCGCCGCUGGUGGUGAGAGGGGCGAGCGGGGCGGGCGGCCGAAGAAGACGCAGGAGGAGUUGGAUGCGGAGAUGGAGGAUUACUUUGCUGGUGGCGGUGGCGGUGGCAGCGGCAGCGCCCAGCAAGGCGAGGGUGCCGCCGCCGGGGGUGUGAACGGUGCUGCUGCCGCGCAACAGCAGGAUUUGGGCGAGGAUGUGGAUAUGAUUGAGUAG